AAAACAUUUUGGUCGUCGAGUCUUCGGGGGCAACGCAAGUCCGCUACAGUAACUGAAUCCGCAACACCUCUCGAGGGUGUAUUCAUAUUGCAUGCUGCGUUCUUUGGUGGACAGGAAUGUCACCGUGAGCAGAUUAGUCGAGAAGGCGCAUCGGAAGCCUGGCAUGAAAUUUCCAUCACUUUCCUACAGGCCCACUGAGCGCCUUGUUAACCGUAUAUCGUUGCAAGGACGAUGGAGGUCAGCACCCGUACGGACUCCUAAUCAAGUCGUCGUGCAUGCUCGUUUUCUGUCCACCGUCACGCCUUCAGGGACACGAAAACCUACUGAUGACAAGGUUCCUCCUCUGGGCACUAUGGGGCCUCGGAAACCAAGGAUAGACUUCAAACCCGGCCCAGUCAAACCUGCGACACUUGGUGCCGAUCAGCCCCCCUCCCAUCCGCCCUCCAAAUCUACAAGCCGCAGAAGCAGCCACCACCACCCACCUCGCCACGUGCACCCACCGAAACCUUUCCAGGUCGAGUUGUCUGCGGUCGAGCUCGCCAAGAGGGACAUUGCAGAGGCUAGCCAGCAGGGUGUUCUCGAGGCUCCCCCUGCAGAUGCAGGGUCAUUGAAACGCGUCUUCCAUCAGGCCUUGCAGCUGCUGAAAUUCUACUUCCGUGGUCUCAAGGCGAUCAACACACACCGAAAACAAGUGAACGGUAUCCGGAAGCGCGUUAAGUCUGGAGGUGCCUUGCCCACAAGAGCGGAGGUGCGGUUCAUCCAGACAUUCAAACGAGAUGCACUAAAGCUUGUGCCAUUCAUGAUCAUCGUUCUCAUUGCCGAAGAGCUUGUACCAUUCGUCGCUCUCUAUUUUCCCCGAAUGUUGCCCUCUACAUGUAUACUGCCUGGACAGCGGGACCGGAUCGCUCUCAAAGGGCGAGCCGAUCAGUUAAAUGCGCUUUUCCGAAAUCGUGGGGUAUACGAAACGAUGUACAAGGAGGGCCAAGGCUCGGGCUUCCUUCACGUGCGCAGCCUAAAGAAUCCUGUUGCGGUGUGCAGUUUACUGGGACUACCUGCAUGGGGCCCGUCGUUGCUUGCUGCUUGGCGCAUACGCCGACACUUGAAGAGUGUUGCUGAAGACGAUGAUUUAUUGAGGGGAGAAGGCUGCGGUCGUGACUUGACCACCCCGGAGUUGUACGAGGCGCUUGCGGAGCGCGGAAUGAUACCGACGCCGGAGCGAAGGUCAAUAGAUGAUCUAAGGGAUCAGCUACGUUGGUGGUUAGACAACACGGAGGUUAUGCCGCAAGGCGCGGACUCCAUUAGUAGGCGUUUGUUGCUUACUGGACUAAUCGGUUCGCAGAAAUGACGAAAUGAUUGGCACUUCUGCUUGGCCUUGGGAUUCAUACCAGGUCGGACAUUUACAACGAUACUCACCGCUCAUUCAUACUGCCAUCAUAUACUUGUAGAUGGGGGUUUAGAAGUUCAAGAUAGUUGCGCACUUGACCUUGAUCACCCCGGGGGCUCACGCCACCGUCUAUAGUCGGGUGGACAUCGUACAUCCGCAAAACUACCCGAGGGAGUGAGCAGGUUAUACCUGCCUCCGUUUGGAAGUGACUUGUCGUAAGA